AUGUGCACCCCGAUAUCCCCACCUUCAAGUUUCUAUGGGACGCUCGAAGAGCUCCACCUCUUGACCUGCUCCCUCCUCCCUGGCGAGCUCAUCGUCUUCACCGACGACGCCGCGCGCUGGCAAGCCCUCCUCGACGCCUACGAUGAGCCCCUCCUCGACGCUCCGGAUAUGCAACUACCCCCCGCCCGGUUCCACGUGAAGCUGAGCGCGUCCUCCGCCAUCUGGUUCGACGUCGAGCUCCCCCGAGACUACCGCCCCGACCCCGACCCUGACCCCGAGGACGAGGACGCGCCCGGACGCCCAACGGUGCUCGUCAAGGGCGACCACCUCGGCCGCGCAGAGCAGGAGCAGUGGCAGCACGCCGUCGCCGACUCGCUAGAAGCCGUACGCAGCAGCGAGUACCCAGCGUACGACCUCAUCUCCACGCACCUCCUCCCCCGCCUGCACGCCUCCCUCGCUGCCGCCUCCGCCGCCGCGCACUCCCCCGACCCGCAACAACCACGCGCGACGCUCGCCUCCGACCCCGCGCACCCCCUCCUCCCUCCCACGCUCGCCUCCUCCCUCGGGCUCGAAGACGAAGACGGCGGCGCGGCGAGCCCGUCCUACCACGCGCUGCUCGUCUCGCACCACCUCCGCUCGCCGCACAAGCGGCGCGCGCUCGCGCAGUGGGCGCACGCCGGCGCCCUCCGCGGGUUCGCCAAGGUGGGGCACCCGGGCGUGAUCUACUGCGCGGGCGCGCGCGGCGCGGUCGAGGACUUUGUCGGCCGCGUGCGCGCGAUGCAGUGGCUCGCGCUCCGCUUGCGGUUCGUCGAGCCCGAGCCCGAGCUAGCACGGCCUGGCUCCGGAGGCGCUGAGGCGACACACGGUGAGUGGAAGGAGUUCGAGAAGGUGGGCGAGGUCGUGGAGGAGAUGCGGAGGCUCGGGCGGGAGAAGUACGUUGUCGAAAUGGGGAUUGGGAGUGCGGGGAACGGGGCAUCGACGAAAUAG